CCUCCUCAUGUCUCUUCUCCCAUAGCCCGAUAUCAAGGAGAAGGAGGCCAUGCUCCGCGGAAAAUUAUGCGAUACACUGGAUCUCAGUGGUACUAACUUUGUAGAUCCUUUGCCCACUUGAGGCUGUACAUCUACAUAGGGACGAGCAGGGCAUGCCAUUGCUUGUGGAACGUCUUAGGUAUUCCGCUUGUUUGGCGGGUAGUCGAAAUGUGGACCAUCUGCGCUUUGCCUGGCUUGAUGGACUGACAAUGGUGGGUGGCAUCCGCCUCUUUCUGGUCUUCGGCCACCAUUUCUCUGGCCACCAUGUAUGCUUUGGCCACCCUGGAACCUACAAAACUAUGGUUUGCGUGACUGCGUAAAGCCAUCAACUCUGAAGCAUUGUAGUCAUGCAUAACUUUCAGCUCGAUGGAGCAAGUGAAAUCGUCAAAGCCCUUAUCCACGAUCAUUUCCAUCCAACCACUGAGUUGUCCGCCCUCUUCGAUUCAAAGGAGAAGUCAUGUCCGACAACACGCGUAGACUUGAAAGAUUCGAUGGAAUAUGCACAGUUUGAAUCUAUCUCAGGUACAAACAAUGUGUCUGGUGUCAGUAUUGUAGCAAAUACCCUUGACCUAGAAAGUCUUUCAUUUCAUGACCUCCAUGGAAGUACAGUAACUCCGGAAAAUCUGUUCGAGUCACUAGAAACGAAUGAUAUCUACUAUCACGCAUGGGUGGCAGUCAAACGUGUGACUGAGGCGAGAGCUAACAUGAGCGAAGAAGUACUGACAAGAGCCGCGAUAGAACAAUUCUUGGUCGAACUUGGAACAGCGAUGCUAGACUUUGUCCCAGGGCCCAUGUUCACGUUCAUUGAUCCCCGCUUAUAUGAUAACACCGCUGCCAUGAUUCCUGCGACGGAGCAAGGGAUUCAUGCGGCACGAGACCUGGUCAACAACAGCUCCAUAUAUGUCAACCUUACUUUGGUUUCUGGAAUUGUCCACAGUUCUGCCUGUGUCGAAGCUGGGGCUACAGUUAUGACGAUGAGUAUGAGCCCGCUACUAGAAUGGUUUGAACGGAAAAGGAAAACCCUGGGCCCAGCAACACCACACCAUCCUGGAGUAGAGACUUUACAAACUUGCAUAUCUUAUCUCCACUUACAUGAUGUCAAGACGAAAGUGGUGAUCGCGGACGUUCGACUCUUGACCGAGUUAAGACAAAUACACGGACUGGACGCGGUGCUGUUAUCUAAAGGCCAGCUGGGACGGAUCCGAGGACGUCAAGUGACAACACGCAUUCCAGAUGUGACUGACAAGACACCUGCCUCACUGCGAGCAAGCCAGGCACAAUAUCCCACGACAUUCCUACAAUCAAAGAAAGGCCUCAUGUUCACCAUGUCUGCAGAAACACGGAGUAUGGUUUCGGCGGUACUUUACGUGGGUAUUGGAAAGAUGAAGGCCUGCAUGGAGAAAAUCGAAAGCACCAUUCGAGACGAGCUAAGGUGGCAAAUCGAGCUCGACAAUUUGGAUCUACGCAAAAUCUACUUUAGGGAGCCAGAAACGCCGCAGCGAAAGCAAGUCAAGCACCGGGAGUCUCCUAAAGCAGCCGAUAGAGGCGCGCACAAUUGGCCAGCAACUAGCGUGAAACCCAGUCGAAACAGUGGAAAACUUAUGAUUGAAAGCGACGAGUGUUUCUAA